CCCACCCCUCAAUUUUCCUAGCCGCCACAACCAUUCUUCCUCCCUGUCUUCUCUUCACGGCAGCAAGCCUCCCCCAUGGCGCCCUCCUCCCUGGCGCUCGCUCCCUGCAGGGAGCAGUUUCCCUUGGCCGACGCCCCAGCCAUGGCGCCUUUCUUCCUCGCGCAGCGCCUCGGCUCUCCCUCCCCCAAGCUCCAGCGUUCAUGGAACAGCAGGUCACUGGCGCCCCUGUUUUCCCUGCGACUUCCAUGGUCGCGAGUUUCCCCUGGUCGCCAUCUCUCCAGCGCGUCCCCUGCAAGCGAGCAGCGAUUUCCAUCUCCCUGCAACCUCCAAGGCUGAGCCCCUCCUCCCUCUGUUCGGCGCCCUUGCUGCUGGACGCGCAGAGCCCCAUGGCGCCCUGAUUUCUAGCUCCCUCCCAUGGACGCCCAGAAAAAUCCCCCAGCCGAGCCCCCAAGCAGGCGCCCAGAAAUUCCAGCAGCCUCUCCAUGGCCGAGCUCCCUGUUCCCUCUGCUCUAGCCGGCCAUCUCCCGCAGCACACGCCGAGCUCCCCUUCGAUCUGGUUCAGCGCAGGCAGCAGCAGCUUCUAUGGAUGGCGUCCAGAAUUUUUUUUUCCAGCACCUCCCUGUUCAUCUUCCUCCCAGCCGGCUUUCCUCCCCUGCUGUUGCUCGCCCCUUCCUCCUUUCCCUGGUGCUGCAGCAAGGAGCCCCUGCUCGGGCUGUAGCCGUGGCGUCCAAGUCUCUGCGCAGCAAUGCCGGUCCAAAAACUGCAGCCCCGUCACUUCCCUGGCUUCAUCGCUGCUUUGUGCUGAGCAGUGAACAGCACGCCGUCGACGCUCGCCGGGUGUUUGCUGUUUUUGCGCAGCCCCAUCCGCGACGUCUUUCACCCCCGGAGAGGCACCCCGUGUUUUGCGAGGAGAAGGCAAGCCGCUCGACGCUCGUCGAUGUUCGUAACGAUGCACAAAUCGGAAUCACCAUCGUCCUCACAAACACCGAUUGGGUUUGUUUAUGGACCGAGAGAUGAUGACCGUGCAAGUGAUGUGGUGCCAACCACAAGAUGCAGUUGGUGGACGUACUGAAGGAUGGUGGACUUAACCAGUGGGUGCUCGCCAAGCGAGUACCUCCCCCAGCAAACACUAUCUAAGUGUUAAACUAAAGGCAAGCCCCGGUUUAUGCAUAACCUGUUAUAUAUGCUAUUUUACUGCACUUAAUGUUUGUAGGCUUGUACCGUGCACUUAAGUGUAGGAGUUGAAUGAAACCCUAGUUGCAUGAACUCAGGAUUCCCUUUGAGAUGGAUACUAGUAUGCUAGGUCGAGUAGAUGCCUUGCUAAUUAGGGAUCUCGGUAGAAGUCGAGUGAUUUUUCUAGCACUCGCGCGAGAUCAGGAAAUUGAUUGUACCCACUUGCACACUGUCAUGAUACUAGUUGGUGGACAACAAUCCAUGGGGAUUGGUUGUUCACGAGAUGGAAAAUGGAAUAAGGAUUAACGUGCGGAUACCUGUGUCAAGCGUUUGAACGUACUAAACACAUACCGAGAAAUAUGGUAAAUCGGUAAGCCUAGUACCUGAGUGAACCUGCCCGCAGAUUGCCCUCCUCACGCGACCUGAGACGAGGUCUCCCAUUCCGGUUAUGGUGGGUACAAGUGCGGUCACUGCACGACGGCCAGUCGGGGUCAGUGAGGCAUUGUACGCCAAGGCGGUGAGCCCCUUUCUGUUGCCAGGGAAUCGAUGGGGACGGUUGAUAUGUGUGGGGACGGAGUGCCCCUGCAUGUCGUGUGUUUAGGUUUACCUUGCAAGGAUAAAAACUCGAUUCGAAUCGUCUGCUUCUCGCAGCUAAUGAGACUGCUUGAUCCAUUGUACUGCAUUGAGUAACAAGUGAAAAGAUGAUGAGUUGAUAUAAGAUGUUGAUUGCUUAAAAAUGUUUGAUAUCAUGUAUGAGUAGCUAGGUACUCAUCUAGUUUAAAAAGGGUCAUACUAAAACUUGAAAAGCUAAAACUUGAUUUUAGACUCAGCGAGUGCUUUUGGCAAACCAAACCCCUCAGCCAAACAGCUGCAUGUCUAGAGGUAGAGGAGUAGACUCCUCACACCGGGUAAGUCUAGCUGAGUAUUAGUAUACUCAGCCUUGCUUGUGGCAUAAUUUUUGCAGGUACUCCUUAGGAUGAUUGGUUGAUGGUGUGACUUGGCCUUUAUCCCUGCCACCGGGAUAGAUGGUCGAGUGGGUUACUGCUUCCGCAGGAGAGGACCAGGAGGAGUAGUGUGGCCAGGCUUCGCCAUGUACUCGGUUUUCUCCGUUAGUUAUUUCCGCUGCAUUAAAACUUAUUGUUAUUAUUUCUGAAACUCCGAUAAUGUAAUCACUAAUGAUACUUUCUUAAUUUAUGGUAUUAUGCUUUAUUG